AUAAGUGAAGCUGAAAAACUGCAGCAAACUUGUUGGGAGUGUGGAAACAACAACACAGGCAGCCGGGGAGAGAAUAUAGGAAAAACAGACGGGAGGAACUCCGGUGUACAAGACCAGAUUAUCCUCUCCAACCAUUGAGCAUGAAACUAAAUGAGAAAAAUAUGGUACAUUAUGCAAUGUGUGAUUCUCCAGCAGACCACACUGGAUACCUUUACAAGAAAAGAGAGUGCCACACUAACUACAAGAAGCAAUGGUUUGUCCUAAAGGGAAACCUUCUCUUUUAUUUUGAGGAUCGGGAAAGCAGAGAGCCUUCAGGGUUGGUUGUCUUAGAAGGGUGCACUGUGGAACUGUGUCAGUCAAAUGAAAAAUAUGGUUUCACAGUCAGAUUUAAUGGUUCUGGCUCCCAAUCUUACAUCCUAGCAGCAGACAGUCAAGAGGCGAUGGAAUGUUGGGUGAAGGCUCUAACCAGAGCUAACUUUGCUUAUAUGAAACUGGUUGUGAAAGAUUUAGAGAGAAGGCUGGAAUCAAUGCAAAAGAACAGUGUACACAGGAAAAAUAAUCAACAUAAAGUUAAAUGUUGCUCUGUUGCCAAAGUGAGGCGGGCAAAUUACAGGUCCGCAAAAAUAGUUACACAUUCAUCCCAUAUAGGAGAUACGAACAUGGAGAAACAUUUACAGGAUAUUUCAACGCCUUUUGCCCCUCAUCAACAUGGUGCAUAUUGGAUCAAUACAUCUCCCUCAGUGACACCUUUAAAAUCACUGAAAAACACAGUAUGUCCUGGUACAACAUGUUUCUCCAAAUUACAUGAGUGGUAUGGUAAAGAUAUUGAGGAAUUAAAGAUACUGUGGAAAGAGAAACACAUAAACCAGGAGGACUCAGCUAAAUUGUGAUCUAGUGACAUGUAAUAAAUAAAUCAUUUUACCUACUUAUCUACUUAAA